GACCACCAGAGCGAGAGGUCAGGCCGGGAUGUAUUGGCGGAUCUUCUUGAGAAUCCCGAGUCGAGCUUCGCAGCGCGGGCCAUUCACUAUUUCCUGAUCGUCGCGAUUCUGGCAAGCACUCUUGCUGUCAUUGUUGAGACCCUGCCCACAUUUCGUAUGGACCCGCUGUUCUUCGCAGGGGAAAUGGUUGUUACUGCAAUAUUCACGAUCGAGUUUGCUUUGCGCCUCUACACCUGCAAAAGUCUCCGCGAGUUUGCUACCAAUAUCUUCAACGUUAUAGAUUUUCUGGCAACGUUUCCAGGCUACGUGGAGCUGUUGCUCGUGAUGUCGUACGCCACUGGUGAGGGACACGUGGCUGAGCACCCAAGGCACAUGCAGCACGUGCACAAGGCGGCGAGUUCCAUGCGCACGCUGCGCAUGAUUCGUAUCGUGAGGCUUGCCCGAGUCUUCCGCGUAAUGAGGAUCGCCAAGGUUGCAAGGCACUCCAAGCUGCUGAGCAUCAUCGUCGCGGUUUUCAUCAGGGUGUCUCAGUCCGGCCUGCUCAUGGUCCUCAUCCUCAUGGGCUUCGCGAUGGUCCUUAGCGCCUCACUGGUCUAG